UAGAAUAAUAUACCUCAACAAAUUUAAACUUAACUAUGCAUAAAUAAAAAAUUAGAUAAUGUUUUUCGUCCACACCAAUUCACAUUGGUGCUUAAAUGCCAUUCAACUUCCAUGGACAAUGGAAGUGGUGUUUUUAACACAUCUACGACUCAAAAACCAAACACUCCCUUCAAAAUGAGCAGCUAGAUUUAGUCUUAAAAUAUGUUAUUUGAAACACGCAAACAUUAAAAACAAGUAAAUAACAUAUGUAUAAAAACUUGCUAGAAGUAGAGCCAACUUUAAAAGCCAUUCUUGACCAAGUCUAAGUGUGGAGCUACAGCCACCCCGGCAGCCUAUUUGAACUUACUAUUCAGACUUUGUCUUCAGCCACACAUGUUGAACAUAGACGAACUUAUCCAAACACGUCAAAUGAUCUUCUCUAAACUCAAACUGACCAAAUCUCUCCAAAAUUUCAACCAGACACGACAGUUAAAAUGACAUUUGCAAUGAAAACACGCACGUUUGAAAAAAAAAAAAACACAUGCAACGUUACCACCAAUUGGAAGCAAAAGCAAAGGGGUCCUGCACUUCCCGCGCUAUUUGGGAUCCACACUAUGUACUUUCUAUGUUAUUUCCUUCAUUAAUUAUUCACAAAAAUUGUGGAAUGUUCCCACACUAUUCCCAAGUUGAAAUUUUAUCUAUCCAGAACUCCCAAAUUCUUAGUGCUGCCAGCGAUCCCUCUGCUGUAAAGACUCACUAUAACACGGACCCUACUUGGCUAGUUCGGUCAGGCCAGGUGUGCUCCAUCAUCCACCGUUAAGAUAUGAUCUAACGGGUCUAAAGGAACGGAUUAUAAAAAAAAAUUAUCACACCAGUCGAUGCUUCCAACACGGGACCAGCUCACUCCGCAGCAGCGUUACGCAAUAUGGAAACUAUAAUAACAUGGUAUUUCGAAAAAAAUGGAAGGCAUAAUAAACUUAAGAGAAGCUAGAGCACACGCACCUCCUCUCUUGUCCUCACCUUUCAAGCUUUUGGGUACGCCAUCAAUGGCGGUGUCUUCGUUUCCGAUGCCAAUUCCUCUCCCUUCGCCUCCUUCGCCCCCAGCCUUGUCAGACGCUGAUCUUCUCCGUUCUCUCCUCCGGUUAUCUAAGGAGAUCGCGCACUCUGAACCCCCUGGUGAUCUGUUUCACCGAGGGUUCGCCUCCGUAGCCCGCAAGAUCCGGGUUCUCUCUGUUAUUUUUGAAGACCUCCAACGCGAUCGGAUACCUCGCCUUCGCCGCUCGGCAGAACUAUGCUUCAAGGAGAUCCUUGUUGUUCUUCAGCACCUCAAGGCGCUUCUCGCCGACUGCUCCGCUCGCAGCCGCAUGCGUCUCCUCCUCCAAUCAGAAUCUCUCUCCAACGAUCUCCAUGAGCUGACUCUUGAUCUCUCUACCCUGCUCGAUAUACUCCCCAUGGCCGAGCUCGAUCUCAGCGAGGACGUGCGAGAACUCGUUGACCUCCUUCGCCGCCAGUGCCGACGAUCGGAUCCGCCGUCCGAUCUCGAAGAAGAGUCACUCCGGCUUGAGAUCCUGGCAAUGAUCCGCGAGAUCGAGAACGAAAUCGUGCCGGAUCGGGAGAGGCUCGAGAAGAUCUUCGACCGAUUGGGUCUCGUCGAUUCAAGAAGUUGCAGCGACGAGAUCGAGUGUUUGGAGCGCGAGAUCGGCGACCGGGUCGUCGAGAAUUUGACUCCCGCGAUGCUCGCUCUCGUCGGCCUCAUCCGUUACGGGAAAUGUGUCCUCUUCGGCGCCUCCACUCCAAGAUCCGUUUCCGCCGAGAAACCCGCUUUUCUCCAGCCGAACCCCGUCAUCCCUGACGACUUCCGUUGCCCCAUCUCUCUCGACCUAAUGCGCGACCCUGUCGUCGUGUCCAGCGGACAGACGUACGAUCGCGACUCCAUUACCCGAUGGUUCUCAUCAGGGCACGCCACGUGUCCCAAAACAGGACAGACCUUGGACCGUUCCGAUCUCGUCUCGAACCGCGCACUCAAGAACCUCAUCUCCCGUUGGUGCCGCGAAGAGAACGUGCCAUACCAUUCCCCGGAAUCCGGAAACGGGGAAACGAACGGCGUCAGCUCAAACAAAGCCGCGUUAGAGGCGGCGCGAAUGACUGCGUCGUUCCUUGUUGAAAAGCUCGCCGCGUCGCAGUCAACAGAGGCGGCAAACCGUGUGGUCCACGAGCUCCGACAGUUAACCAAGACCAGCUCUGAGAGCCGAGGUUUCGCGGCUGAAGCCGGCGCCAUCCCCCUCCUCCUUCCACUCCUCAGCGAGAACGAGCCAAGCCUACAGCUCAACGCCGUCACGGCGUUACUCAACCUCUCCAUAAUCGACACUAACAAACGCCGAAUCAUGCACACCGACGGAGCACUCGAUGCUCUCCUCCGCGUGCUCUCCGAUGGUGCCACGUGGCAAGCUAAGCAGAACUCGGCGACCACUUUGCGGUCCUUAUCUGUGAACCACUCUUACCGGAGAAGGUUUGGCCGGAAUCCACGUGUCGUGGAGGAGUUGCUUAAUCUCGUCAAGGUCCCACCUGCCAGCAAGGACGCUUUGUUGGCGUUGCAUGCUUUGGCCGGCGAUAGGGCGAACAUCGGGAAACUGGUUGAAUCCGGCGCGGUGACCGUGGCGCUGGAAUCUCUCGUAGAUCACGAGACGGCGGAGGAGGCGACGGCGUUGCUCGCCGCCAUCGCCAAGCGGGGCGGUGCCUCAUCGCUGGCCUCCGCCAAGGGAUCGAUUAAAAUGCUCGUUAAGGUUUUGAGAGAUGGAUCGGAGUCGGCGCAGGAGAACGCUGCCGCGGCGCUGGUAUUGGUUUGCCGGCGAACGGGUGGCGCUGCGGUGGCCGAGAUCACGACGACGCCCGGGAUCGAGUGGGCGAUCUGCGAGGUUAUGAGCUCCGGCACACCGCGUGCUCGCCGGAAGGCCGCUUCUUUGGGGCGCAUUUGCCGGCGAUGGCUCGCCGCUGAGGAGGCUUGUAGCAUCAAUGGCUCGGCGGUCACCGAAUAAUCUUUAAAAAAAAUAAAAAAAAAAUAAAAAGAAAUUAAAGAAAAAAAGGACAGUGUACAGAUUCAUUAUCGACAGAAGCGCAGCCAAAAUUGUUCAUAUUCGGAUUGUUUUUCAUUCAUUUUUUUAUGUUUUUUUUUAAAUUUGAUUUUUAUUUUAUUUGUUUAAUAAAAUAAAUUGAUUACGUGAUUUAUUAAUUUUUCAUAGAAUAAAUUGGAAGGCAUUACUCUA